CAGGCGUCAGCAACGCCUGGGAAAAGGGACGCGCCCAGUAUGCCUACUCUCCAGGGCAAGCCUUUCAGUUUGAAUUGGUGACGUAGGACGCUCACGCCCCACGAUUAUCAAUUGCGGCUUUGCUGCUCUCCUCUGGCUAAAUCUGGCGGCCAGCCUAUGCAGCUAUAGUAGAGAGGCCUCUGCCUGCGUUAUGCUACAAGUUUACAGGACAUAUCAGCUCAUUUGUGUUCAGGCACUCUAGUUGCUACUUUCACCAGAUGCACAGGUAUCGGCUGGUGUGUCCAGAUGACCCAUCAGGAGCAGCAGGAGAUCCUGUUUAUGGAGAGACUGGAGGCAGCUCUGUCUUGGAUGCAGGCCGUCCAGGAGAGGCUCCGGGUCAACGACAACACCCAGGGCCCCCGGGCCGCCCUGGAGGCCAGACUCAGAGAGACAGAGAAAAUCCACCAGUCGGAGCACGAGGGUCGUGUGAAGAUGGACAAAAUGCUUGUGGCCGCAGAGGUCUUACUGCAGAACGGAGACCAGGAGGCCAGGAACAUCACCCACGCCAGACUCAAAGACCUCAAAGCAUUAUGGGAGGAAACCUGCACUUUCAUCAUCCACUGCCACAGCCGUAUAGAGUGGGUGUGGCUGCACUGGAGUGAGUACCUGAAGGCGUAUGAGGAGUUUGAAAUAUGGCUGGUCCACGUGCGUCGCAGUCUGGAGCCGGAGGUUGAGCUGCAGCUGGGUGUGAAGGAGAAAUUGUGGCAGGUGGACAACCAGCGUGUCCUGCUGAGUGACGUCCAGAGCCAGGCACUGCUGCUGGAGAGGCUGGUGGACGAGGCUGCAGCGCUGCACAACCGCAUCCAGGACCCCAGUGUGGACCAGAAUGCACAGGAGCAACUCCAGCAGGCCUAUAACAGCAUACGGGACAGGGCUGAGGAAAGGCUGUCGGUGCUGCAGGAGAUGGCUGAAGAGCACCAGAUGUACCAGAGCGACGUGCUGAAGUUCCAGUCCUGGCUGGUGUCCAAGACUAAGGAGCUCAACACCCUCACUGAGACUGAGGACACAGCCGAGAACAAACUCCGAGCCCUACAGACACUGGAUGACAGCGUGGCCAGUGAGGAGAGGACGCUGCAGCACAUCGAGGGAAUGGCGGAGGCGGUGCGGGCCAACACGUCCCCCAGGGGAGCGGAGGUGGUGGUGGAGGAAGCAGAGGAGUUGCGUCUGGACUGGCAGAGGCUGAGACAGAGCCUGUGUGAGGCCGGAGAGGGCCUGAAGAGCAGCAUGGACUCUCAGAGCCAGUACCAGAGCCGCUGCCAGCGCCUGGGGGAGGACAUCGUGCAGCUCCGGGCCCUGCUCCACAGACUGACCAGAGACCUGGAGACAGCCAGGGAUGGAGACAGGACCAGAGACCUGGAGACAGCCAGGGAUGGAGACAGGACCAGAGACCUGGAGACAGCCAGGGAGGGAGACAGGACCGAGGAACAGAUGGUUGGGCAGUGGAGGAAAUACACAAACGUCCGGAAUACUUUGUUGGCAGAGGAAUCCCAGGUGGAGCACCUCAAGGCCCAGCUUAAAGAACUCUUCCGCUUUUCCCAAGAUUCCCGGCAUCUCUCUGACGACGUCCUGGCUGUGGUGAAGGAACAGCAGAGUGUGAAGUGUCGUGCUAUGAAGCUGUGUGUGGAGUCAGAGUUGGGGCUGAGACAAGUGCUGCAGGACCCUCUGCAUGGAUUCUCUCAGUGGAGCCAGCUGGUCUCUCAAGUGUUGGAGUCCUCUGCUGAAGUGUCUGAGUUCUCACACAUCGCCAUGCUGGUGCAGAACAUCGAGAGGUUGCUGAAGCACAGUCUGCAGCUGCAGGACCGGUUGCAUCUGAUGCAGUUGAAGAGAGAUCUGCUGGGUUCAGUGUUCGGCUCAGACAGAGCAGAGAGUCUAAUGACCGAGCUCAAUGCCACCGUGAGGAACAGGGAGUUACUGCACAGCCAGCUGCUGCAGAGGAAAGGAAGACUGCGGUGA